AUGGCUAUCGCACCUAUCACCGGCAUGUUAAAGAAGAAGAUCAUCACCGACGUUUCCACUGGAUUCCUUGUCGGUGGUGUCAUGGCUGCUGCUUACUGGCACUACGAAAGAGACUACGUUGUUAAUCAAAGAGAGAAGUUCUACGCUAAGAUGAAGGCAGAAAAGGAAGUUGAAGAUUCAAUCUAA